AUGGCCGGAGAAAAAUUAUAAAGUUCAGGCAAACGCAAGUGUCAACCUAAAUGCCCUGAACAUCAAUUCAAUCUCCAACCCAAGAGUACCAAAUGUUGGCUCAAAAAUGUUACCAACAUUGAUUUUUGCCCUUUAUACAAUGAUGCUUUAUCUUGUUAUGAAAAUAUUGUCCCUGUUUUCAACUAGGAUGAAUAGCAAUGCUUACCAGGGUUCAUUUUGGAAGUGGAUCGAAAUGACUAUAUAAAGAGCAUGUAGAAAUAUAAGGAGGAUCACUAAAAAAAGGUUUAGGAAUACACAACAAAAAAAACCAAAUUAUAAAUUCCUAAGCCAGGAAGAAAACACAGAUAUUGCGGAGUUUGCCGUAAACCUUAUGAUGAUUAUUUGGAUCAUAUCAAAUCAGCAGAUCACAUCAAUUGUUUUAACAGACAUGAAUUUGUUCAUGUGAUAUUAAAAAUAGUAAGUGAAGAUUAUAAAAGCAAGGAUGAGAACAAAUUUCAAAACGACACCUGUUUUGAUGUAGUUACAUCAGCAAUUCCUAAAAAGAGAGGACCCAAACCAAAGAACCCAGGUCAACAAGCCGAACCAAAAAAAAGAGGGAGGAAACCUGCUGAACCAUCACUAACCAAAAGAAUUAAAACGCAACCUGUUUAAGAAUAAUAGUUCAACCCUUAUAGACCGCAACCACCUCCCUACUUCCCACAACACAUCAUUUUUCCUUAUCCACCUCCUUUGAACCAAAUGAUAGCUCAGAUACCAUUUCAAUAGCUUGUCAAUCUUCCCUUCUAAAUCCAGUUCGGAUAGGACAUCAACAUUGAAAGAAAAAUUGAGGAUAUGAUUUUGGAUGGCUAAAUUGAAGAUGGUCCUCGAUUUGAUUGA